UCAGAAUGUUCACAUCCAUCAUAGUUGCUAUAAGAUUUCUCAAAUAGUGUCAACAUGAAGUAUGUGAAGUUGGCUUCCCAUUUCUUGACAACCAACCUCUUGAAACUCUUGUUAAUUCUUGUAAUAGCAGUCAUUGUAAUUGAAGCCUCUCAGAUGAAUCUAGAUCACAUUCAUCAGCUCCGACUCCAACUCUGUUAUAAUCUGGUUAGUGUCAUCACUAGCUCUGCUAUUCUUGUUUUGGCUUCCACCAUUUACAUUAUGACUCGACCCAAAUCGGUUUACCUCGUAGACUACUCGUGCUAUAAGCCCCCUAACAAUUUGAAAAUGAACUACCAGAAGUUUAUUAAUCAGUCCAGAUUGACCGGGGCCUUUGAUGAGUCCUCCCUCGAGUUUCAGCACAAGAUUCUUGAGCGGUCUGGCCUUGGAGAGCAGACAUAUCUCCCUGAAGCAAUGCAUUUCAUUCCGCCGAGGCUGUCAAUGGCGGCAGCGCGUGAGGAGGCGGAGCAGGUGAUUUUUGGAGCGUUGGAUAAUCUAUUUGCAAAUACUAAUGUCAAUCCUAAAGACAUUGGGAUUGUUGUUAUGAAUUCUAGUCUGUUUAAUCCAAUUCCUUCAUUAUCUUCUAUGAUUGUUAAUAAGUACAAAUUGAGGGGAAGUAUUAAGAGUUAUAAUUUGGGAGGUAUGGGAUGUAGUGCUGGAGUUAUAGCUGUAGAUCUUGCUAAGGACCUGUUGCAAGUUCAAAAGAACACUUAUGCAGUUGUUGUUAGCACUGAGAAUAUUACUAAAAAUGGGUACCUUGGGAACAAGAAAUCCAUGUUAGUACAAAAUUGUUUGUUUCGUGUGGGUGGGUCUGCGGUUUUGCUCUCGAACAAAUCAUCUGAUAUGUGUAGGGCCAAGUACAAGCUUGUGCAUAUCGUGAGGAAUCAUAUGGGCUCGAAUGAUAGGGCAUAUAGGUGUGCUUAUCAAGAGGAGGACGAUGCUGGCAAAGCUGGGGUUUCGUUGUCGAAGGAGCUCAUGGCGAUUGCUGGUGUAGCGCUCAAGACUAAUAUCACAGCUUUGCUCGGUCCUCUUGUCCUACCUAUAAGCGACCAGCUUCUCUUCAUUGCUACUGUCCUUGCAAACAAGUUGUUCAAUGCGAAAGUCAACCCUUACAUCCCGAAUUUCAAACUCGUUUUCGAUCAUUUUUGCAUCCAUGCUGGUGGAAGGUCUGUGAUUGAUGAGCUUGAGAAGAAUUUGAAGCUUCUACCAGUUCAUGUUGAGGCGUCACGGAUGACACUCCACAGGUUUGGUAACACCUCCUCUAGCUCGAUUUGGUAUGAGUUGGCUUACACCGAGGCAAAGGGGAGGAUACAAAAGGGGAACCGUGUGUGGCAGAUUGCGCUCGGAAGUGGAUUCAAGUGUAACAGUGUAGUCUGGGAGGCUCUCCGGAAAGCGAAACCUUCUCCCAGUAGCCCUUGGGAAGAUUGCAUUCAUAGGUAUCCGGUGCAGACUGUUCUCUAGCAGCGCGAGCUCAACCAUACACCACUGUAUUAUUAAUUUGGGUGAAAUAAUUAAGACUCUAUCUGCAGUCAGUGUUAUUUAUGUUUCUUAGUGAUGUUUAUGACAAAUGCAUGCUACUGCAUGCAGAGUGAAUUUCUUGGCUCA